AUGGACGACUCGGCCACCGCCGGCGACCGCCGCGGCAUGUGGUCCAUGAUCAAGGAGGGCUACGAAGGGCUCGUGAGCACCGUGAUCCGCCCGCUGCGCGCGCAGUACGCGCCGUCGGAGCUCGGCCCCAAGCGCGCGCAGAUCGGGGACGUGUCGGUGCAGCGCGUGGACCUCAAGCUCAAGAACCCGGCGGGCUACACGCUCGAGUGCAGCUGGUGGAAGCCGUGCGCGCCCAAGAACGGCCAGACGGAGCAGGACAAGCGGCCGUGCAUCGUGGUGCUGCACGGUAACAGCUCGUGCCGCCUCGGGGCGCUCGAGAUCGUCAUGUACGCGCUGCCCGCGGGCUUCACGGUCUUCGCGCUCGACUUCUGCGGCUCCGGGCUGUCCGAGGGCAAGUACGUGUCGCUCGGCUACCACGAGCGCGUGGACAUCGCCACGGCGGUCAAGUACGUGCGCAAGACCGGGGAGGCCUCGAGUCUGUGUCUCUGGGGACGCAGCAUGGGCGCCGUCGCGGCGCUCAUGUACGCCGAGACGGACGCGUCCGUGAACGCCAUGGUGCUGGACUCGCCCUUCUCGAGCUUGCCGCGGCUGGCCACGGAGCUGGUGGAGGACGGCAAGCUGGGCGUGCCCAAGAUCGCCGUCAAACUGGUAAUGCGACUCAUCCGCAGGGAUAUCAAGAAGCGAGCCAAGUUCGACAUGUUCAAGUUGAAGCCGAUCGCCAAGGUGCACAAGUGCGCGGUGCCGGCGUUCUUCGUCGUGGGGCUGCAGGACGAGCUGGUGGGGCCGCACCACGUGGAGGCGCUGUAUAAACUCCACAACGGGCCGAACCAACUGUUCAAGUUCCCCGGAGGACACAACAGCCCGCGGCCGUUUAACUUUUUCAUCCAGGCGCUGCAGUUCCUGCGAGUGAUGGUCGGAUUGAUGCCGCUGCCGGACGAUUUAUCGACCUUCGACCUCUCGCCAGCGCAGCGGCAACAGGUGCAGACAGGGAAAGCGGACAAGAACGUGUCGCCGAAGCGCAAGAAACCCUCGCGAGUGUACAAGAACCCGUUAGAGCCCGGUGUUUCGAUCGAGGCCGUGCACAAAAUGUCUAUUAAGGAGCUCAAGCAGUGCAUCGAUCGCGCCGGAUACAGCGACGUCACGUGUAUUGAGAAGAAGGAGAUGGUGGAUCUGGUAUUGAAGCUGUACGCGCGCUACAGGCGAUCCAGCAAACAGGCAGCCGACGAUGUGCAGCAACCCAAGGUGACGACGUCAGAGGAGGAGGAGACUGAUACCCCGUCCAGUAACGCAGAGUCAAGCCCCGUCAAUGCUACGGAUGAGAGCAAACCAGCGCCCGUGGAUACGUCCCAGCCGCCCAGUGCUCCAAGUGCAGGAAGACAUACACCCACACCUACAGGUCGGCGUCGCAGUGAAGGUGAUGUCCGCCCUGGUGCAAAGUAUGAAGAAUAUGCUCCGACAGAUUCACCGACUUUGCUGUCGUCGAUGAAGAGCAACGCGUCCAGCAUCCUCUCAGAUGCAGAGUUGGCUCGACGAUUAAGCAUCGACCAUCCCAGCGAUGGCGAAGAUGAGUCGGACACGGCGAAGCUUACGAAGUAAGUGGGGUAGUGGUUGAGUAGGUGGACCGGACUUUGCUGGUGCAGUAUAUAGAAUCCAGUGCUAAAGUCGCGCUGCCCAACACGGGAUCGACCAGCUACCGAGCGUUUGCUUUACGCAAUUAUAUGUGAUGUAGACAUGAAGUGAUAACGGCAACAGCAUACAUCGUGGGUCUCGGGAAUGGACUUGGUGUGUACAUGAGGACCUACCGGGUUGCUCGGACUAUUCAGUACAUAGUCUCUUGACUAUGAAAAUAAUAGCCACGUGGGUCAAGCAAGGACAGAGUGAUGGGUGCUUGCCCGCGUAAUGAUACUUCGGCUUCAUGAGC